GUAUGUGUGUGUGUGUGUGUGUGUUUGUGUGACAGCCGCUGCUGUCAUCCCCGCCCGGUACCGGGGCUUCCCUUAUAAAGCAGCGGGCGGCUGUGGGACAAUCGGCCCGGGUGAACCAUCGCCAGACGCCACCAUGCCGGCGCCUCGCCUGCCGCCGGUCCUCGCUCUGCGGCGGCUGCUGCUGUUCCUGGGCGCCUGCGCCUCCCUCUCCGCCGCUCUCCACUUCCAGGAAGGGCAGAGCUGUCACAAGCCCUUGCCGCGCAAGCUCGCCGGCCUCCGAACCUAUCCUCGUCCUCAUGAAUAUUUGGAGAUCUCAAAACUGCCCAAGAGUUGGGAUUGGAGAAAUAGAGAUGGAGUCAAUUAUGCGAGCGCAACUCGAAACCAACACAUUCCCCAAUACUGUGGAUCUUGCUGGGCUCACGGCAGCACCAGUGCUCUAGCAGAUCGCAUCAACAUCAAGAAGAAAGGCACCUGGCCUUCUGCUUACCUCUCCGUUCAGAAUGUCAUUGACUGCGCCCAAGCAGGGACCUGUCACGGUGGAGACCACGUAGGCGUAUGGGCGUAUGCUCACCAGCAUGGCAUCCCUGAUGAGACCUGCAACAACUACCAGGCAAAAGAUCAAAAGUGCAAGAAAUUUAACCAAUGUGGAACGUGUACUACCUUCGGGGAAUGCCACGUAAUAAAAAAUUACACCCUCUGGAAAGUGGGAGAUUAUGGAACUCUCAGCGGUCGAGAGAAAAUGAUGGCAGAAAUCUAUGCAAAUGGACCCAUCAGUUGUGGGAUCAUGGCCACUUCCAAACUGGAUGCGUACACUGGAGGCCUGUAUGAAGAAUUCAGUAUCUUGCCUAUGAUAAACCAUAUUGUCUCUGUUGCUGGUUGGGGGAUAGAAAAUGGAACAGAGUAUUGGAUUGUUCGGAAUUCUUGGGGAGAUCCCUGGGGAGAACGUGGCUGGCUUCGGAUCGUGACCAGUGCAUAUAAAGAUGGAGAAGGAAAAUACUACAACUUGGCUUUGGAAGAUGAGUGUGCUUAUGGAGACCCAAUACUCCUUUGAAUUUGCCUCUGCACUUCCUUCACUGGUGCUUUUGGAGACUUUGAUAUAAAAGAAAAUAAUCUUGCAAAAUGCACUCUUCUUAAGAAAGGGGCAGUGCUAUUCAAUAGCAUUUGCUGAUGGAGUAUCACCAUAAUUUAAUUUUUCUUUUUACUGAUGAAUAAAGGUUUCUCCUGUCCAGUU